CGCCGCCGCCUCUCCGCCCAAGCGACGAACUAACGGACUCCGGUUGGCAGCUGGCUGGGUACCGCCCCGCCCCACCCCUUUUGACAGCCCUGACCUGCAGGAUCUAGGUGGUGAGCCCGAGGGGCCGGCGUGACUGGGAGAGCAGGGCUGCGGCGCCCAGGUAUCUGAAGGAAGAUGAAUUUGGCAGAGAUCUGUGACAAUGCCAAGAAAGGGCGAGAGUACGCGCUUCUGGGAAAUUACGACUCUUCGAUGGUGUACUACCAGGGGGUGAUCCAGCAGAUCCAGAGACACUGCCAGUCAGUGAGAGACCCGGCUGUCAAAGGGAAGUGGCAUCAGGUCCGGCAGGAACUGUUGGAAGAAUACGAACAAGUUAAGAGCAUUGUCAGCACGCUAGAAAGCUUUAAAGUCGACAAGCCCCCAGACUUCCCUGUGUCUUGUCAAGAUGAGCCAUUUAGAGAUCCGGCAGUUUGGCCACCCCCUGUCCCUGCAGAACACAGAGCUCCACCUCAGAUCAGACGUCCCAACCGAGAAGUGAGGCCUCUGAGGAAAGACAUGGGAGCCGGAGCCCGAGGACUCAUGGGCCGAGCACACCCAAUAUCCAAGAGUGACAAGCCUGCAAGUAGGGACAAGGACUGUAGAGCCCGAGGGAGAGACGACAAGGGAAGGAAAAACGUGCAGGAUGGUGCAAGUGAUGCUGAAAUCCCCAAAUUUGAUGGCGCUGGAUACGAUAAGGAUCUGGUGGAAGCCUUGGAGAGGGACAUUGUGUCUAGGAACCCUAGCAUUCACUGGGAUGACAUAGCAGAUCUGGAGGAGGCUAAGAAAUUGCUCCGGGAAGCUGUUGUCCUUCCUAUGUGGAUGCCUGACUUUUUCAAAGGGAUUAGAAGGCCAUGGAAGGGUGUGCUGAUGGUUGGACCUCCAGGGACUGGGAAGACUAUGCUAGCCAAAGCAGUUGCCACCGAAUGUGGGACAACCUUUUUCAACGUCUCCUCCUCUACACUGACAUCUAAAUACAGAGGCGAAUCUGAGAAGCUGGUCCGUCUGUUGUUUGAAAUGGCUAGGUUCUACGCCCCCACCACGAUCUUCAUUGAUGAAAUCGAUUCCAUCUGCAGUCGAAGAGGAACGUCUGACGAGCAUGAAGCAAGUCGCAGAGUCAAGUCUGAGCUCCUCGUCCAGAUGGACGGAGUUGGAGGAGCCUUAGAAAAUGAUGAUCCGUCCAAAAUGGUGAUGGUUCUGGCGGCCACUAACUUCCCGUGGGAUAUCGAUGAAGCUUUGCGAAGGAGACUAGAGAAGAGGAUCUACAUCCCCCUCCCGACAGCAAAAGGAAGAGCCGAGCUUCUGAAGAUCAGCCUUCGGGAGGUGGAGCUGGAUCCUGACAUUCGCCUGGAGGACAUUGCAGACAAGAUUGAGGGCUAUUCCGGCGCCGACAUAACUAAUGUCUGCAGGGACGCGUCUCUGAUGGCCAUGAGGCGGCGCAUCAGCGGCCUGAGUCCGGAAGAGAUCAGGGCCCUGUCCAAGGAGGAGUUGCAGAUGCCUGUCACCAGAGGGGACUUUGAGCUGGCGCUGAAGAAAAUUGCCAAGUCUGUCUCUGCCGCCGACUUGGAGAAGUACGAGAAGUGGAUGGUUGAAUUUGGAUCUGCAUGAUUUUUGUCAGCUCUUUCAUUUCUGGUAUUUUUACCUAUAAAGUGUGAAGAAAUUCCUUAAAUUUAAAAAAAUCUGGAAUUUUUCGUCAGAGAAAAUUUCACUUAAACGCCAAAACAAAGCAAAAUGUCUAGAGCUACAGAGAAAGGCAGUUGAGAGAUGAGACGUCUGUAGAGUCCGCUGGCUUCGAGCUAACAAGCCUCGUCCUCAUGCCACAGAGCUCGCAAGCCAGUGGGCGGGGCUGAGGGGUGGGGCUGUGCUGGAGGGCCUCGCUUACAGAGCCUUGGCAAAAUGUUCUUGCUUACUUGCAUUCAUUGUCUGUUUUCCCAGUUCUUUGCUCUCUGAUCAUAAAAGACACAUAUGUGCACCAGGCGUGAGUGCACAGACACAAACAGACACACAUAGACACACACACACACACACACACACACACACACAUACACACACACACACACACACACAGCAAAACUCAGUUUCUGCCAAAUUUAUUAAUUGUCAUUUGAGAAUGAUAGAUAGUAAAUUCUGAAAGAAAUAAUGAAUUUUAAAUCUGUAGAACUUAAUGCUUACUGUUAGGAUCUAAUAUGUAGUUAGAAUUUUCCCUUCUCUGCCAGUUCUUCUUAGCUGCUGGCUUCUGUCUAUUGAGGAAUAGUCUGAUCUAUGGUUUUUCCCUGGCAUAUAGUCAUUUUUUUGUUAGUGCCUCUGCUAUGUCAUUUGGGAAGAAUCUUACUUUGCUAGCAGUUGUCUUCACCCUACUCUCCAGAAUUCUCACUUUUUUUCAAUAUGCUCAAAUCAAUAGAGCGAUUGUUUCUUCUCACUUCCAACACUGCUUUUAUGUUGAGUUUGACUUUCGUGUUUAAGAUAAGUACCCUGAGUUCUAAACAAGUCUAGCCUCUAGGCUAAUGCAAAACAAACAUUUCCUUUUCUUCCGUAUGCUAGUAUUUUGCCAGUUUGUAUGUGUUUACCACAUGUGUUGUACUUCCUGAGGAGGCCAGAAGAGGGCAUUGGAUUCCCCUGGAAUUGAAGUUACAGGCAGUUGUGAGUCACCAUAAGGAUGCUGGGAAUAGAACCCAGAUCCUCUUCAAAAGCACUCAGUGCUCUUAAUUGCUGAGCCAUCUCCCAACCCCACAAAUAAAAUCUCUUAUGGUUCUCAGACAGCUUAUUUUGCAAACAGAAUACUAACAGUGAACAAUACUCAAUAAUUAGAAAGUUUUCCUUCUAAGACCCUGUGUAUGCAAUGAGAUUAGAAUAAUAAUACGACAUGCUCAUUAGACAUGGAAUUAGACAGUAGGAAGACCUCAGAAAGGGAGCUGCAUGGAUCCAGUCACAAGUCCUGGGUCCUCAAGUUGAUUCUCUGUAAUUAAUUAUGUCCAUCCAUUUGGAUCAUCAGGCAAUCCAUGCUUCCAUAGUCAACUUAAAAAGCGUGCCUGUGGUAAAUCCUGAAACCUUGAUUCUCACGCCUACUAUUUUAAAACUAUACACAUCCCAUAGCACUUUCAGAAUCUCUCACUGUGAUGCUUAAGAUAUUUGAUCUCUUUUCCUUACUCAAACCUGUUGUGUUCUUUUCAGGUAAUCUAAAUCUGACUCUCCAAGCUCCUGGGUUCAUCUCAUUCCUAGAAAGUGUCCUCUUCUGAGACACACAUUAUGCAUUUCAAAUUGGAAGACAUGAUCUUAUCGUGAUGGGACUAAUUAUUGAAGAGUUAGGAAGAGAGACAGAUGAGCAAGCUUGUGUUUACUUGUUUAUCUUGAGGAAGGGUCUCGCUUGGCUGUCUGAGCUGCUCUUCCGCUCUUCGGCUCAGAUGAUCUUCCCGUUUCAGCUUCGUGAGUAGCUGGGACUCUAGCCGUACCCCCAGGUUAUUUAUUUAUUUAUCUAUUUAUUUAUUUAUUGACUUGCGAAUAGUUUUGUUUGUUUAAUGUCAUCUGAAAAGAAUUUUCUACAAAGAAGUGAGACACAAGGAAGCAUUGGUUCAGCACUGAUGAAUCCACACAGUUAGGACUGGGAAAGGAGUAGGCCACCUAAACAUUCUUAAAAAUUGGAACCUACAAACAAAAUAAUCUGAUAAAAUCUAUUACUACUUCUGAAGAGUUAGGAGAUUCUUGCCUUUUUCCUUGAAUGAGAGAGCUCCAGCCAGGUGUUCAAGGGUUCCUCAUAGGCAUGGAAGGAAAGGAGGUGAUAGCCUGACUGGUCCCCGUGUUGGUUAAGUAUGCUCCCCAGCCCACAUGUCAGAGCAUCGUACUGAAGCAGGCCUGUGACCGCGUCACCUGCAGGGAGAUGGCAGUUGUCAGUAACCACGCCCUCCAGCACCGUCCCUUAGGGAAGCCUAGUAACGUUACAGUGAUUGCAAAUCUGAUCUAAGCUUAUAAGAAAAUGGCUGAUGGGGCAAAAGAACUUCUUCUUCUUUUUCUUUUUUUUUUUUUUUGUAAAUUAGUGAUUUGAUUCAUUUAGUGUACUUCAAAAGGUGCAAUGCGUUUUUUCAUUUGUCAAUGAAAGAAGUUAGAAACUCACCCCCAAAUCAGCAAACGGCAAACAAACACCCGUGAAGGCCACAGUCACGCACGUAGUGCGUCCUAGAAAGGGGGCGGGACAACCUCCAUCCACUUUCUUGAGUUUCACCCAAGUCCGGAUCCACUCAAGGGUGGAGAGAGACGGCAGCUUCCAAGGAGCGUGUUAUUAAACAAGGCAUCUACGCGCCUUCCUAAGAGCUGGGGGGGACACAUUUGUAGGAUGUGGAAAUAACCUCCUUAAGAGCUGUCCAUUGGUUAACAACUUUGAAAAAACAAGACUAAGAACCCCACGCACACUCCAAAAGGAGAGAAGGGCUGGGGGCGAGAGGGGACCUAAGAUGCCCAGAUAACUCUCCAAAAGAAGCAUGACAACCCAGAUUAGUCUGGUACAAGUCACCACAGCAUGCCUUGCCUUCAAACAAAACAAAAUGGCGGUGGGCUUUUGUUGUUGUUUUAAAAACAAGGAAACAAAAACUAGCACUUAUCACUUUUCAGACAAUACACAAUUAUUCAAAACUAACUUGCUGGAAGGGGGACCAUACCAAAGGGUGCGUGUGGGGAGGUUCAGGGCAUCUGUCAUUAUUGCAGAAAUGACUUUUGAUUUUUAACCCUUAGUUUGAUUAGACAUUGCCGUUAGUGUGAUGACAGCAGCGGCUGUGUGGAAAGGCUCUGGAAAGGCCUGGCGUGGCAGCACACACCUGAGACUGCAGGACAGCCAAGAGUGCUCCACCACACAGCUCCUUAGGCCUUUCUGUGUGAAGGCGGAGCCUUCGCUUACUGCCUUCCAAUCCUGGGCCAGCUCUUCAGCAGUCCCUCAGUGAUAGGCUUCUGUCUGUUCUUAGCAAGUUUCCCAAUAGUAGAGGGGAUAUCUCUGAGAUCAGUUUGGGUUCCAACAAGUAUGAAAGGAGUCUUUGGAGAGUCGUGAGCUAUCUCAGGUCCCUGCUUUUCUUUCACAUUUUCAAAUGAGGAUGGAGAAACCACUGGAAAACAUACUAGAAAAAUGUUUGUUUGUGGGUGACUCAGCGGCUGCAGUCUGUCAUGAUCCACUUGCCCUGCAGUAUCAAAAAGUCCAAGAGCACAUGGCUCUCUACCAGUCCUAACUGUGACUGCACAGCUGUUAAAACAGCUGGACCCGCUCCAGCGGAGACUUGUUUGUUGUAUAAGCUAUCAGGAGGCAGGUUCUGUCAUCAUCUCCAUCGCCGGCAACAACGCACUCAGUGUCUGCGCUCUGGAAAUAGUUUUGUGUCCACUUUUAAUAUUUCAGAUUAGAUGUUGACCUCAGCUUCUCCAUCAGGGCAUUGGCAGAAUUCCCCAGAUAAUUUAUAAACAUUUAAAAUGAGCAGCCAACAUGGAGGGCGAGGCAGGAGGAUCACUAGGAAAUGGAAAGGACCCAGUGUCCUCCAGCUGCUGAGUGGGUAGUAAAAUGCAGCACAUCCUCUGACUUCCGUGGCCCCAGGCACGCAAACAUACAUGUAGUCUGAAUCCAGCCUGCACAAACAUACAUGUAGUCUGAAUCCAGCCUGCGCAGCAUAGCAAGGCCCCAUCUUCAAAAACAAACAGAAAUAAAUAACCCCACUCAAAUUCUCUAGCAAACCAUCACCAUCUAAUAAUGUUGUUCACAAACAAACAAACACAAAGAAGCCUCUCUGUCACUCCGGGUCAGUAGGCCUUUUCUGGAUAAUUCCGUGCAGCAUUUGCGCAUCCAUCCUAGGGUAGGUGGUGUUUGCUGCAGCUGAGUUAGGUGGGAGAGUCAGGUGUCUCUACAGCCCUCCGGUCCCUUUUGGCUGUCAAUGGACGGCAAAGGCUUUGCAUGUCUUAAACCCUUGGAAGGGUCUGGCACAGGCCCCUCCAGAUGUCUCUCAUCCCUGUCUUGGCCGCAGGAGACGUUUGCUUGCUUCUCAGUUGUAAGGCCGAUGUGUUAUCCCAGCAGAGGUGGUUGGUUCUGUCCUUUGAAAGCAGGAGCAUUUGGGGCCACAGCACAGUGACUGGUGUGUGCAGGCUUCCUUCACGGGAGCCAUGGACAGCCCCUGCCUGGGCACACUGUGCUGGUCACUCUCUGUGCACAGGACGGUGGGUGGAGGCCGUGCAGCUUGCAAAGGUGCUUCAGACAGUGAAGCUCUGGCUGGACAUUUUUUUCAGUAACUGUCACUCCUGACUUCCAUGCUAAAGCACAAGUUUAGCUCAUGAAUGGAGAGACACAGUGAUCUCUGUGCUUGGGGUAGAGAAUAUACAAACAGGCUUUCCUCUUUCCUCUUUGGCCUCUGAUUUGUUUUAAAAUGAAAAGUUUUAAAUAGUAUAAAGGAAUUAAAGCUCUAUUGCAAUGCACCCAUUUUAUUUUUCCAUGUGACAGUUACACACGUACUUAUGAUAAGAUGUGCCCAUGAAAUGUGUUUGCUGUAAAUGUUUUGCUUCCAUGAUUCUUUUUUUUUUUUUUAAAAAAAAAGAAAGUAAAUGAAUAUUGGUGAAAUGCCCCAGACAAAUGGCUUGGGAAACUCCAGCAUGGGAACGCAGUGACAUCACAGCCCUUUCAGCAGUGACCCAGACACACUGGGCUCUGACUUCGGCCAUCAGAAAUCCUCAGACACCGCAGGGCACCCUGCCAUGGGCUUCCCAGGAGCACCUGUGUCACAGUUUCCUCAAAUAGCUGUUUAACCUCAGACAGCUCAGAGAGUGGAGCGGGGUGGGGCUGCACCCAGAGGAGGGCGGGCAAGUGCCCGGGCUCUAAACCCAGCAGCUGUCGGGAAGGUUCACACAAGGCCAGCUCACAGCGUUGCCUGUUGCUCGUCUGUCCUUCUGUGUCGUGACUCUGUAGGGUUCAGCGGUCUCUUCGGUAUGAGGUAUCUAAGGUCAUGAGUCUUCCUUCCUUCCUUCCUUGGAUGCACUAAAGGAUCCCGACUCUGCCCAAGCAUAGACAAGCUGACCUCCUCUUCCUCGUCCACUUGAGGUGGAAGUGAAGUACUGGAAAAGUCAUUUGCACAGCGCGUCUGGCUUUGGCUCCCCUAGUGCCGUCUUCUUCAGUCCUUUUCCCCCAUAGCAAUGCAUUUCCACUGUUAUGUUAUUAAAUAUAGGUCACACUACAGUAUGCCCUGUG